AUGUCACUGCCUCAAGAAAAAGACGUGAAGAACGUUUCCGUCGUCCGGCAUAGCCACGAAAAAUCGCCAGUUCGUUCCAAGGACUCCGAUCAUGAAACCACCAAUGGCGCAAAUUAUACGGAGUCCAAGAGGACGUGGAAGUCCUUCUUCUGGUCAACCCUGGAUGUCCCUAAAGAGGAGGCCAGAUUUCUCACCAAGCUCGACUUGACGCUCAUCUCUUCCUCUGCUCUGGGAGUGAUGUGUCGCUACUUGGACCAAGUCAACAUCACCAAUGCGUUCAAUAGCGGUAUGAAAGAAGACCUCGCACUCUAUGGAAAAGAGCUCAACUACGCCAACGCCAUCUGGAGUGCGGCCUACGUGUUUGGUCAAAUCCCAUCCAACUUGCUUCUCACCCGUGUCAAUGCGCCUCUUUACAUCGCUUUCCUUGAGUUAUCAUGGACCGUUUUCACCUUCGCUACUGCUGGUGUCAAAGAUGUCAACCAGCUCUAUGUCUUCCGCUUUUUGAUCUUCACCGAGAAGGAGGUCGAGUUGGCUCGUGCCAGAAUGCCUAGCGAGGUUCGGCCGAUGACUGGACUUUUCAAAUGGAAGGACAUCAAACGAUGGCAUACCACCUGGCACGUCUAUCUAUUCCCCAUAUUCUUCGCGUUCCUCGCACAACUCGGUCAAUCUGGAGGAUCCAUGAUUUUCUGGGUGAAGAGCUACAACGUUACCGGAAAACCUCCAGUGUUUUCAGUUGCUGAAAUCAACAUCAUCCCUCUCGGCAUAAACAUCAUCUCAAUCGUUUGCACCCUCAUCAAUUCAUGGGUUUCCGACAGUCUUCCCGGAUCAGCUCGAUGGCCGGGCAUGGUGUUUGCCAGCGUCAUGGCUAUCAUUUUCCCCAUCGCCCUUGCCGCGACUCCUGUACAUCCAUCGAAUAUUGGCAGUCGCUGGGCUCUCUACUAUCUAACCGCUCUCUCCGGCACGUGUGCCGGAAUCACCUGGGCCUGGGUCAACGAGACCAGCAGACAUGAUCCAGAAAAGCGAGCGUACACCUCUGCCUUGAUGAACGCUUUUGCCUACAUCUUUACGGCAUGGGUUCCUAUCUUUACCUUCCCAGCGAACCUUCAGCCUUACAUUGUGACCGGAAACUACAUUACUGCUGGUUUUGGGGCCUGCGCAGCCCUGACGGCGCUCCUGAUUCGGCAUUUCUACAACCGCGAUCUCGCUAGGCAAAAGCCUGUUGGAAGAGUGUAG